GAAUUUUUGAGUAUGUACCUACCUGUGUUCAGCGAUAUAAUAUGAUCCAGUUUGUACAUUUUUCAAAUUUUUCUGUUAGUUCAGAAAUCAUUAUUUUGUGGUUAUCUCUUAAUAUUUUAAUUUUAAUAGUAGCCCAUUUGUUAAAAUAAUAAAAACAGACUAAUGAAACAUAGAAAAAAAGAGAAGUGAGGGAGUUAUGGUUCCUGAAAUUUAGUACGCCUGUAAAAUUCGAUAUUCUCAUACGCAGCUGGAUUUCUCUGUUUCUAAACAUGCCAAUAGCCAACUAUGUUUUGCAAACAUUACGUUUAUGUUCUUUUGUCUACCUUACACCUAUGUCCCAUUGUCUCAAUGUCCGCAGAAUUCUACUGACCACGAUCCUAACACCACACUUCCACUUUCAACAAAAUCUUUAUUACUAUAUUCGCGCCGAUUUCGAGUACAUUUCCCUGGCCCAUUUUUGAAACUACCAGAAUUUGAUCGCGGGGCAAGCCCAAGAUGCUGAGCAAGCGUGCAUGACAGCGUUCCAGCCCGAGAACAUGAAAAAAUUCUGCUGUGCAGAUACAAGGGACGUAGAUGUAGACUCGAUAAAAUUGAACGAUCAAUGCGGAAUGAUGACAACCAAACUGUGGACGGAAACGAUAUAAAAAUAUCGAUACUGCAUGGUCCAUACAGUCAGUGAUUGAAAGGAAAUGAAGUGCUGUACAAGUGUUGUUUUUGCUGUACUUCUUACGCUAGUAAGAGGGCAAGCCUACGAUGUUGUGCAGGCGUGCAUGAAAGCGUUUCAUCCAGAGAGCAUAAGAAGCUUUUGCUGUGGAACUAUGAAUAGUACCGCAGAUAUGAACAUCUUCAAAACGGAUCCCUGCGGAUUUAUGACAGCCAAACAGUGGACGUGCCAAAUGUCUGAAUGUCAACUGGGAAGGUUAGGCAUUUUGAAAAACGGCAAAGUCGACUACUACCUGAUAAACGUGAUGCUUGAAGCAACAGGUCAACGGUCACCAGAUGUAAAACCUAUGACGGAUGCUGUACGCAACACCUGUGACAAGGGGAAAUAUGAACAUUUGUUGCCGGGUAUGCCAUGCGAGUCCCUGAAAUAUCAAGCUUGUUUCUACCUUACAGCUGUGACGAUCUGUCCGAGUUGGAAGCAGGACAGGACAUGCCAGGAGAUAGUUGCGAACCUCAUGAAAUGCAAGACAUUAUUCAACAAAUAAAUAUAAGACCCUUGAUUUGUUCUGAUAUAAAUAUAGUUAUUAUACUUA